AUGUCAGACAGUGAAGAAAACCUGCAUCGUUUGGAGGGAACUUCUAGCAAUGCUCCUGGAGGUCUUAUUAUCAAGAAAAAAGAUAAACCGCCUGAUUUCCAAUUUGCCAAACCUUCCCUAUUAGGUCUAGAUAAAUUGGCCGCUGCUAAAAGAAUGCAAAACCGCUUAAUUUCCUUUCAAAACGAAGACAACUAUGGAGAUGAUGUUGAGGAUAAAAGUGGUUCUAGUGGUGUAAGGGAGCGAAAAUAUAGGAAACAUAAUGAAGAAACUCCGACGUAUACCGGAGGCUUAUCAGAACAAGCCCGAGCAAGGAUGUUGGAAAGAUUAGAAAUGAAAGAAAAGAAAGCAAGAGAAAAGGGUGUGCAUAAUUCAACACAAGAAGAGAAAAAGUCAUAUUCCAAAGAUGAAGAAGAUAGCCGAUUUAACCAUUAUGGUCGUGGGCAACGCGACAAGGACAGAAGACGUGACUAUGAUAGACGAGACAGAGACAGAUAUAGGGAUCGGAAUGACAGGAAUAGGAGUGAAAGAGAUAGAAGGAGAGAUUCAGAGAGGAGGGAAAGAGAUACUGAUAGAGAUAGCUCACGACGGAGUUAUUAUGAACCCAGGUUUAAAGAUGAACCGAGGACACCAAGUAUAAAAGCUCUGAAACCAACGGAUAAAACAGCUUGGGAUGAUGAUGACGAUGAUCCGAAGGCUGUCCGUAAGUCAAGUUGGGACUUCCCUACACCGCUGCCAAGAGAUUUGGUGGAUAGAUCGGCUCGAAGUGAACGCAAACCAACCAGAGACUAUAAAGGAAGACCAUAUGAAGAUACCGUUAGAGCUACACCUCAUAAAUGGGUGAGCUCACGUCGUGGUCUCGAUGUAGAUGACCCUGAGUGGCAGGAAGCGGAGAAGAAAUUAGAUCGAGCCUGGUACAACAUGGGAGAAGGUGAGACGGACGAAUCGGAUCCGUUCGCCGGGACUAGCGCGGAGUAUAUAGCGAAGAAAGAGGAACAGAUAGAAAAGAGACGGAACAGGAAGGUGUCGGCCGCGAGGCAGCAGAUAGACAGAGACAACGAGCUGUGGGAGAGGAACAGGAUGCUGACCAGCGGGGUCGUGCACGCUAUUAGUGUUAACAACGACCUGGACGAGGAAAACGUAGACCGAGUACAUCUCCUGGUGCAUAACAUAGUCCCACCAUUCCUCGACGGGAGAAUCGUGUUCACUAAACAACCUGAACCUGUUAUUCCUGUCAAAGACCCCACAUCAGACAUGGCGAUAAAUGCUAGGAAAGGGUCCGCUUUGGUGAAAGCAUUCAGAGAACAGAAGGAACGAAGAAGAGCACAGAAGAAACAUUGGAAAUUGGAGGGAACGAAGAUUGGUAACAUAAUGGGCAUACAGAAACAAGAGGAGGAAAUAGAAGACGGACCAACGAAACAGGCGUACAAAUACGCUGAACACUUGGAUAAAGAGGGCGAGGAGGCGGAGUCAAAGUCAGACUUCGUUAAGAAGUUGUCAAUCACUGAACAGAGACGCUUCCUGCCCGUGUUCGCUGUGAGGGAACAACUCAUGCAAGUGGUUAGAGAGAAUAACGUUAUCAUUAUAGUCGGUGAAACUGGCAGCGGUAAAACGACCCAACUGACACAGUACCUGCACGAGGACGGGUACAGCAAGAUGGGCGCCAUCGGCUGUACACAACCGAGGCGAGUGGCCGCCAUGUCUGUGGCCAAGAGAGUCGCUGAUGAGAUGGGAGUUAAAUUGGGCGAGGAGGUUGGUUACGCGAUCCGUUUCGAGGACUGCACCAACCCGUCGACCGUCAUCAAGUACAUGACGGACGGGAUCCUACUGCGUGAGGGUCUGCGGGACCCGGACCUCGACCAGUACAGCGCCAUCAUCAUGGACGAGGCGCACGAGAGGUCGCUCUCUACGGACAUGCUGUUUGGACUUCUCAGAGAGGGUCCCUUAAACCUACACCUGGGUCACAAGUCCCAGGCACUGUUGAAGCUCCUCUCCCUACAACGAUGGACCCGACACACGCACCGUGAAUACAUGGAAUGA